GGAGAGGGCUGGGGAAGUGACACUCACGCAGAGCCCUGUAACACACCAAUCCCUCUAUCUGCAGUGAACAAGAAGAAAAAGAGAAGGAAGAAAUGUCUGUGGAUAAAUCUCACCAACUGCAAAUAUGAGAGUGUGCACCGUGCUGCUCGCAGAUAUGGGUUACGAGAGGCUGCAGAGGGAGAAGACUGGACCCUGUUUUGGACAGACUGCUCUGUCUCACUAGAUAGGGUCAUGGAUAUGAAGCGCUACCAGAAAAUCAACCAUUUUCCUGGCAUGAAUGAAAUCUGCAGGAAGGACUUGCUUGCACGAAACAUGAACCGUAUGUUGAAACUCUUUCCAAAGGACUACAACAUUUUUCCUCGCACAUGGUGCCUCCCUGCAGAUUAUAGUGAUUUCCAAGCUUAUAACAGAGCCAAAAAGCACAAGACUUACAUCUGCAAGCCAGACUCAGGUUGCCAAGGCCGUGGUAUCUAUCUAACCAAGUCAAGCAAGGACAUUCGGCCAGGAGAAGACAUGAUCUGCCAGGUGUACAUAUCCAAGCCUUUCAUCAUUGAAGGAUUCAAGUUUGACCUGCGCAUAUAUGUGCUAGUGACCAGCUGUGACCCCUUCCGUGUCUUCAUGUACAAUGAGGGACUAGUUCGUUUCUGCACCACUCAAUACAAUGAGCCAACUGGCAGCAAUUUGGAAGAUGUUUGCAUGCACUUAACCAACUAUGCCAUCAAUAAGCAUAGUGAAAACUUUGUACGAGACGAAGACACAGGUAGCAAACGGAAACUCUCCAGCUUCAAGAAGCACAUGGAAACCAUGAGCUAUGAUGCAGAGAAGAUGUGGGCAGACAUUGAGGAUGUCAUUAUUAAGACACUAAUAUCAGCUCACCCCAUUCUCAAACACAAUUACCACACCUGCUUCCCCAACCAUGCAUCUGGCAGCGCCUGCUUUGAGAUCCUGGGCUUCGAUGUGCUACUGGACCAUCGGCUUAAACCUUGGCUUCUUGAGGUCAACCAUUCCCCCAGCUUCACCACAGACUCCCGUUUGGACCGGGAAGUGAAGGAUGGCCUGCUGUAUGACACUUUAGUGUUGAUUAACCUGGGGGCCUGUGACCGCAGGAAAAUCACAGAGGAGGAGAGGCGUCGGGUAAAAGAGAGACUCCAGCAGAACCGCUCUAGAGAGGCCAGGAGUGAGGAGCUUCGCCAGUCACAGGCUGCUAGUAUGGAGCAGAUGCAGAGAUAUGAGGCAAAACAUAUGGGUGGAUUCCGACGGAUCUUCCCUCGAGAGGGAGGCGAAAAAUAUGACAAGUAUUUUCAACACAGCAUCUCUCUCUUCCAGGAGACUGCAGCCUCCAAAGCCAGGGAGGAGUGUGCCAGGCAGCAGCUGCAGGACUUGCGUUUGAAGCAGGAACAGAAAGAAUGGGACAAGAAGGGAUCACGUAAACGGGAUCUUCAAGGUGAAUCUGCUGGAGAAAGAGCAAAACCAAGAAGAAUUCCAGUUCAGCCCACACACCUUAAUCCUAAUUCUGUGCCAACUAUGCUGGAGCAUCUCCCCUUGAGGGAUGGCACACCUGUUGCUCUUGACCUGUUAGAGGAAGAGGAGGAGGCAGAGAGAGUCAGUGAGCUUCACCAAAGAGAGACUCUGCUGCUGAACAUGGGUGUGGUUAACCAGGUGCGCCAGCUUCUUCAAAGUGCCAAUUACCCUACUGAACCAAUCAACCACUCACAUGAACAAGCCUACUUUCCCCCCCACUGUAGACAUGACCACAAGUUGGACUCCCUUGCGGAGAUUUCAUGGAGGCAGAAGAACCUUUACACCAUGAUGCAUCAGCAGGUGUCUACAAAAGCCAAACCCUAUCUGCAGUAUGUGCAUUCCCAUCCACUGCAAAAUAGAAAUCCCUGGCCCUCCCUGGAACAAGGGCUGCUCCAGCCGGCCCAGACUGAGCCAGGUAGUUUGAAACACUGUGCAGUGGAGGAAAUGGCAGCAUCAAAUACAGAGCGCCAGGCAUCUUCUAUUCUAACGAAGGCUGCAAGUGCUCAGCGGAUACCUUGGACAAUUAAUGGCUCUUUCACUUGGCGUCAGGGCAGUAUGAGCUCCUCUUUGGCCGAGUCAAGAGCAAGAGCGUCAAUGUUAGGAGUGCCUCCACUCAUUCCAGGGCGACUGCAGGCUGCCACAAUGUUCCAUGACCCCAAAGCUCUGUACGUCAUUUCCACCCCUGCUCCCAUUGUACCGAGGCCACACCUCUCCCACACCCUUCGCAGGGCCCCUCGCAGAGUUGCCCCACAUGAGCACGGCCACUGACACAGGACUUGUCCUUGCUCAACAUGACCAAGUGCUCAAAAGUGAAUCACAGAUGUGAAAUUUGAACUUGUGCAUUCACUACCUGUCUUCCAUACUUGAAAUUUAAAAUAUCUCUUUUUCCAUGCUCAGUUUAAAUUAAAGCCAUUUCUCAGUUUUUGUGAAUUUAGUUUUUCCUUCAAUUUGGUUACAGUUACAAGGUCUUGAAAAAUGAUUUUGGGCAAUGCAAUGGACUUGUGCUUCCUGUAAGUAACCAUGUAUGCUUUUUCCUAGUAUGCAUCCUUAGUUUAAUACAAGCUAUAAAUUAAUGACUUGAAUACAAAUGAAUGUGAACAUGCGUUCGUAUAUCCUUUUUACUUUAUACAGCAUUUGUAAGCUGAAAUGUUUUGUCUUGACUUAAAGUGUUGCACUGAGCCAAUGUGAGCUUUUAAUAAGCUCUCCUCCUGAAAUGGUGUUUUGUUUUCUAAUGCCUGAAUUUUGCCUGAUAUUAUUUACAUCCCCAAUUCCGAAAAAGUUGGGACAGAAUGAGAAAUGCUAAGGUAGUGAUUUGUAAAUUAUAUUCACCCUGUGAUAUAUUGAAAGCACUACAACUACACAUUAUAUGGUGUUUUACCUUGUGAAUUUCAUUGUUUUUUAAUGUACAGUAAUUUCAAAUCAGAUGAUUGCAACAUGCUCCAAAAAAGUUGAGAGAGUUGAGUGUUUACCACAGUGAAACAUCAACAUUUCUUCUAAAAAUAUUUAAGCAUUUGGGCACUGAAGACACAAGUUUGUUAAGUUUAGAAAGUGGAAUUUUCCCCCAUUCACAAUUGUAUGGUGUGCUUCAUAAUGCACCACAUAUUCUCAGUUGGAGAUGGUCAGGUCUGCAGGCAGGCCAAUCCAGCACCCGCACUCUCUGUUAGCCUAUUAAUAAUAAUAUCUAGGAUUUAGAUGUAGGUAAUUUAUAUUGCCUUCUUCUGACAGUUAUUUAACACAGCAAACAUCCCUUCUCUUGCUGUUUUAAAUAGCCUACAUUUUUUCUUUUUCUUGAAUGAUUAAAUGCUCUGUUCUGCCAUCAUUAUUGCUUAAUGAUUUUUGCGUAGUGUCCCAUCUGCAGCUGUCGCUUAAAGUCGCUAUUAUUCUGUUUCCAUUCCACAUCUGUAAACUCUUUUAAGGACAAUUCUCACCCACCUGUCUUUACUUCAUAGUACUGGCAUCCAAAGAUGUCUGCGGUUAGACUGGAGGAGGAAUGAGCAUGAGGCAAAUACCCAUUUGUCAGACAGGGUAUUAGACGCUAUGCUUCUAAUUCUUCGUUUGCCGAAUAGAGUGAGUAACAUAAGAAGAAAGCUUUUCUAGCAAAAACGACAAUAACGGUUUUUGGUGCCAUUCUCACUUUCUCAGCCUUUCUCCGUUUCUUCAGAACGCAAUGCUGAGGCUCUUCGCAUGCGCGGUAGUUUUGUUCGUAAUACAUGUAAUGCACAUGCAAACAAAUAUUUGUAUCGGAUUGCAAAGUUUAAGAGACAUAUAAACAGUACAUAAGGAAUCUGUAAUCGGA